AUGCUUCCCCGAGAAACGAAAUGUUGGCUUCUAAACCAUAAACCUAACGGGCGGCCUACUUUAUCCGGUGGACGAGCAACCUUCGCUCUCAGAACCCGUUCAAUACCCCCAAUUGGAAAGAAUGAAGUCCUUGUUAAGACUAUUUACCUCUCGAAUGACCCCGCCCAGCGCAUGUGGAUCGAUCCCAGUUCCAGCGCCGACCGUCUGUACGUGGCCCCUAUUGAGCCCAACCAGGUGAUGGCUUCACGAGGCAUAGGAGAGGUUCUUAGUUCUACAACGCAGGGGGUCAAGAUAGGCGAUCGUGUUUUAAUCGCCAACAUCGGUUGGUCUGAAUACGCUGUUGUGUCUGAAGACAAGGUUACUAUAUUGGAACCACUACCCCGUGGCCUGAGUGACACGCAUUAUCUUGGAGCCUUGGGGAACACGGGGUUAACGGCAUAUUACGGGUUGGUGGUCCAGAGUGAGGCCGCCAGGGCAGAUACAAUUGUUGUCUCCGGUGCUGCAGGCGCAACGGGGAGCAUGGUCGUUCAGAUAGCGAAGGGAAUCAUCGGUGCCAAGCGUGUGAUAGGUAUUGCAGGGAGCGAGGAAAAGUGUCGAUGGGUAGAGAGGAUUGGGGCUGACAAGUGCGUCAACUAUAAAUCUCUGUCAUUCGCGAAAGAGCUACAAGACGCAGCACCUGAUGGCGUAAACAUCUACUUCGACUGUGUGGCUGGGAAUAUCCUCGACGCAGUUCUCCCCGUUAUGGCUCUCCAUGGCCGUAUUGCGGCCUGUGGCUCAAUAUCAGGGUAUAAUGGGGCGAACGCCCUACGACUGAACAAUUGGUUUCAAGUCAUCACAAUGAGGUUGCGUAUACAGGGGUUCAUCGUCCUCGAUUACUAUGCGAAGGCCCACGAAGCCAGGGCGGUCCUAAGGCAGGCAAUCGUGGAUGGGAAAUUGCAUCUCGACGCUGAGAGUGAAACGGUGUGCCCGGCCAAUUUCGAAGACAUACCUGAGGUUUGGCUGAAGCUCUUUGAAGGCGGAAAUCAGGGAAAACUUGUGACGCAUUUGCAGUAAGGUUGGGGGGUACUAUACUGGAUUAACUGUCCCGCGUAUCCUAAUCAGCUGUGGUUACCUGCUUCCCGGAUUUC